AUGGUGGGAAGGCAACGCAGACGGGAGUCUUUGGUCUUCGCCGCCCUCAUCCCCACCCUCAUCGCCCUCUCCGCCGCCGGCGACACCUUCGUUCCCGGCGAUCGCUUGGAAGACGGCAGUUCAUUAGUAUCCUCCGAUGGAAGCUUCAAGCUGGGAUUCUUCACGCCGGGGAAGUCGAAUUUCAGGUAUCUGGGUAUCUGGUUCAACCAGAUCUCCGUCCAGACGGUGGUCUGGGUGGCCAACCGUGACAGUCCCCUGCCGAACAGAACGGGCAUCCUAUCCAUCUCCAUCAACGGCAGCCUCUCCCUCUUCGACUCAAAGGGGGUGGUCUACUGGUCGACGCCUUCGACGAGAGCUGCCGGGCCAGUAGCCAAGCUUCUGGACGACGCCAACUUCGUCGUGGCUGGCGCCGGCGGAGGUGAGUACGCCUGGCAGAGCUUUGACCACCCCACGAACACCCUCCUUCCCGGGAUGAAGUUGUGGGUCGAUCGCCGGACCGGGUUGACAAAAAACUUAACUUCAUGGAAGUCCGAUGACGAACCUGGCGCGGGGGACUACACCUUCUUCUUGGACCCUGAUGGGGAUCCACAGAUCUUCUUACUAGAGGGCACCAAGCGGGUGUGGAGGUCGGGGCCGUGGGUUGGAGAAAGAUUCAGCGGCGUCCCAGAUAUGAGGAGUUACAGCAUGUUCAAGCUCUUAUUCGUCUCAAACGCCGAUGAAGCGUACUACCAAUUCAGCAACCGGAAUAAGUCCGUCCUCUCAAGGUUAGUGGUGCAGUCCAAAGGUCUGAUACAACGGCUGGUUUGGAUAGAGAGCGAGGGCGAGGGCGAGGGCGAGUGGAGCGUCUUCUGGUCGGGGCCCACUGACCGCUGCGAAGGCUUUCGCUUCUGCGGCAUCUUCGGCAUCUGCGACGCCAACGAGUCUCCGCUGUGUAAUUGUCUCCAAGGUUUUGAUCCAAAAUCACCGGAGAACUGGAAUCUGAUGGACUGGAAGGACGGUUGCAGGCGGAGGACGGCGGUGGACUGCCAAAAUGGCACCGACGGGUUCGUCUUGGUGGCUAACGCGAAGCUUCCUGACACCACAAUGGUGGUGGUGAACGAGAUGGGGAGGGAGGAGUGCAGGGAGGGGUGCCUGAGGAAUUGCUCCUGCACGGCCUACGCCAUUAAGGAGAUCCUUGACGGCGGCAGGAGCGGUUGCAUGCUGUGGAGUGGUGCGUUGACGGACCUCCGGGUCUACGACAAUGGCGGGCAAGACCUGUUUGUGCGUCUCGCGCGUGCCGAUAUAGGUACGACCGGAGAAAACUGCCUUCAGCUUGAGUGGAACUCGUCUUCUAGGGUUUUCAGAGCCGGGGAUUCUGACUACUCGUAAAACCAAGAAAAUAGGUCUGAUGGGGAUGGGGACUUAUCAACAACCACCUGCAUUUAUUUCGAUGAGUUUCCUACGGUCAUCAUCGGGGCUAAACGGAAGUCCACGCCCGCUGUUUAUUUAAUUAAUUCGGAUAGAGCUUUGAUUCUCUGUGCAGGUUUGUCGCCGGGUGAGGCGAGCAGAAGACGGGUGGUGACGGCGGUGUCAGCGGCGGUGGCGGUCCUGGUGGGAAUACUUCUGCUUGGGUUCGUCGCCGGGUUUGUCUGGCGGCGAAGGAAGUGUAAUAAUACAGGUAUGAGAAUCGUUUUCUCAGAUCCCUCUCCGUCUCUCCCCCCCUCUUUGCGCCUUUCAUUCUCCAUCUUCCUGUGUCUCUCUUUGGCAUUAGUGUGCGCAUCUCUCUCUCUCUCUCUCUCUCUCUCUCUCUCUCUAUCUCUCUCUCCCUCUCCGUCUCCCUCCCUAUCUCCCUCUGGACAUAGCUAAAUAGUCACAGUCCCGUUGCAUUUUACAGUGGUGCUCGGAAGCUGCCCUAUAGUGAAGAGGCAGAACGAGGAGAUGGCCAAGUCGAGGGAGCUGGAUCUCCCCCUGUUCGAUCUCGCCGCCAUCGUCGCGGCCACCAACCACUUUUCUACGGACAAUCUGCUCGGCGAGGGCGGCUUUGGGCCCGUUUACAAGGUCAACAAACUUGCCUCUUCGACUGCAUAAUCCCUCGUUGAACUUGAAGAUUCGGUCUUCUAAUUUGUGAAUUCUGGAGCUGCAGGGAAGGUUGGAAGGGAAGCAGGAGGUGGCGGUGAAGAGACUGGCGAAGAGCUCCUCGCAGGGCGUUGAACAGUUUAUGAACGAGGUGAGGCUGAUAGCGAAGCUCCAGCACCGAAACCUCGUCCGCCUCCUCGGGUGCUGCAUAGACGGCGAGGAGAGGUUGCUCAUCUACGAGUACAUGCCCAACAGAGGCCUAGACUCCUUCCUUUUCGGUGAGUCUCUCUCCCUUUACUUCCUUCGCUCUCCCUCUCCGUGCCCCCCCUUUCCUCCUACGUACAUCUUUAUCUCUUGUUUGCUCAUGUAUCUAUCCAUUCACCUCUCCCUCCUUCCCUCUCUCACUCUCUCCCCUUCUCUGUAUAUAUUUAUCCUCUGUCUCGCUGUCUAUCUCCAUAUCACUCUAUCACCUUCUUCUCUCUCUCUCUCUCUCUGGUCAGUAUCUCUCUUCUUUUCUUUCAGCCAAGGUAUCUACUACCCUCUCUCUGUCUCCCGCUCUCUCGCUCUCUCGUCCUCUCGCUGUUUCUCUGAUGGGAGACCUAAAUUGGGGCAGGCAACACAAAGGGGGUACUUCUGGACUGGGCAACGCGGUGGCGGAUAAUUACGGGGGUUGCGCGGGGUCUACUCUACCUUCACCAGGACUCGCGCUUCAGGAUUAUCCACCGGGAUCUCAAGGCCGGCAACGUCCUCCUCGAUGAUGACAUGAACCCCAAGAUCUCUGACUUCGGCAUGGCCCGGAUCUUCGCCGGCGACGAGACCGAGGGCAUCACUCGAAGGGUGGUCGGCACCUAGUUAGUCUUCUUCCUCUAUCUCUUUCUCUUUCAAUCGGCCUCGGUCUAUCUGUCUCUAUCUGUCUGUCUCUCUCAUGGUUAUCUCCCAGUAGCCAUCUAGUCUCCCUCGCCCUGUCUCUCUCUCUAUCUGUCUAUCAAUAUCCCACUAUUAGUGAGGUCUCUCUCUCUCUCUCUCUCUCUCUCUCUGCUUCCUUUUCCUUCGCUCUCCGUUUCGAUCUUCAAUGGUCAACCAUAUCCAGCAGCAGCUGAUCUCCUUGUUACAGCGGGUACAUGUCGCCGGAGUACGCCAUGGACGGGAGCUUCUCAGUGAAGUCUGACGUCUUCAGCUUCGGGGUCCUCGUGCUGGAGAUCAUCAGCGGCAGGAGAAACAGGGGAAUCUUGCACCCCGUUCGCAAGCUCAAUCUCCUGGGCAACGUAAGUAUAGAGCGAAACUACCGACCAGCCAUGGAGGAGCUUAACGACAUGUUUUAAUCUCAUCAUGGGUGUCCUGCGCAGGCAUGGGAUCUUUGGAAGGAAGGUAAAGGGCUGGAGCUGGUGGACUCCUCUCUGGGGUACCCCAUCCCCAUGGUAGAGGUUCUCAAGUGCAUACAGAUCGGCCUACUCUGCGUGCAGGACCGCCCGGAGGACCGGCCGGAGAUGGCGGCGGUGGUUCUCAUGCUCGGCGGCGACAGCGGGGGGCUGCCGCACCCCAAGAAGCCGGAGUUCGUAGCGGCGCGAGAGCGCGCCGAGGGGUCCUCGACGUCGAGCAGGGGACUCACCCGCACCUUCAACGACAUCACCGUUUCGGACAUGCGCGGCCGCUGA